AUGGAUGAUCCAGAUCAGCUCUUCGUGAAAUACCCUGUCGCUCAUGUCAAGGCCAUUCAAAGUCGUUUACGGGCUGAUGCGGACGCAAAGCAGGAGGAGCUCAGACAGAUGGUUGGGGAACGAUAUCGAGACCUCUUGCAGGCAUCGACCUCCAUUAUCUCCUUGUCAGCGUCCGCCAGACAUGUAGUGGAUGCUCUGGAGGAUAUGAAGGCUGCUAUUCCAUCACGAGAGCAAAUCUCUUCUCCUCUUGAAUCAGACGCACAGCUACAAAGCCUGCAAUCAUUGUCUACGCAUAUCAAGCUCCUCUUGGAUGCCCCUGAACAUAUAUGGCGUCUCUUGGAAAGGAAACAAUACCUGAAGGCAGCGUGGCUUUUCCUCUUGGCUCGCGUGGUUCAUCGAGCCCUCUCAAAUGACGAUGCGGAUAAUAAGGAGAGUUGGGAAAGCCAUGGAAUAGAUGUCGAGGAACAAUUCCCUCUGGUUCAACGCCAAUGGGACACCGUCUCCCAAUUUCGUUCUCAAAUAACGCACAAGGCAACUCUGUCGCUCAGGGAGCAUGCCAUGUCGUCAACAGAUAUUUGCGCUACCCUGCUGACGCUCCAUUUUCUAGAUUCCCGGCCGCUGGUUGAUACAUUGUCCGUGUUUCUGUCCCAGCGCCGCAGGACUGUCAGUUCUUUAUUAUCGGACCACACGAUGCGCAAAGAGGGAAAUGGACAUGUCUACCGACGCUCGUCCCAUGCUCAGACUAGACGGUCUAAGAUCCGCAAAUCCGUCGUCCAUGAAGUCAAGGGGAAAGUACAGGCGGUACUGGAUGUUAUCUCUGGGACUGUGUCGACAGCUAGGGACAUUUUUCGAGAAGACGCUGAUACGGGGCCAUGCCUGAUCAGGCGAGUUCUAGGCUUCAUUCAGUCAGAUCACUCCAGUUCGUCUGUGGAUGCCCUGCCAAAAGAGCUUCAGUUUACAACUAUAAGCUUACUCACCGAUCUACCGUCGUCAACGCACCUCCUAUACCUGCCUCAAAAUAUCAAAGCGUAUAAGCCAUAUGUUGACCUCUCUUCCUCGUCGUCCAGGGUGCAGCCAUCCCAUCUGCACACGAGAUUGCACGACUGGUUCGACAACGCUCUACAAGACUGUCUUCCGUCGGUUGAGCGCUGGUUGGAGGAUUUGAACAGCGUCGAGGAGGUAUGGAAAGUGCGUAGGGCGGUUCUCCAAGGGCUGCGAAGCAGCAAAGGUUUGCACGACGCAGAAAGAAAACGUUUAAGCACCGCUCUCGACGACUUAUAUACCAAGCGUGUGUUGUCCAUGUGGACAAUGACUCUGUCACUUGUAGCCCGGAAUUUCAAGGAAACGUUCUCUUCGGUUAUGGCGAAUAUUGGAUGUGCAGGGAAUGAUACGUCCUCGCUCAACACUUUCUCACAUACACUCUCAUUACAUCUGCCUCAGGCGGACGGAAUCGCUACACCGAAUAUUGACGCGUUUCUGAAAUAUAAGGCAGCGAUUCGCCACCAGUUAUCUGGUCGAACAACACUCCUGGACCAAGUGCUGGAGAGUUUGGAGAUUCCAGCACUGGAACUAUCUAGAAGUUUACAGGCCGUCCAAAGCGAGAAGGAUGAUUCGGAAGAAUUAGUAGGGUCGAUGUUGCAUGAAUACCGCCUAGAAGCAAAUGUCACCUGCUCGCAAGUCCUGGAGGCAUUGGAGUCGAGCUUGAACAAUCUUUCCGAUGAACAAGACUUUCCCCUGCACAAGAUUAUAUUCAUUGCGCAGGUUGCCGAUGCGCUGGAAUCUGCCUCCGAAUUUUCGAAGCAUAUCGGAUGUAGUGCGCAGGUCGCAGAAGAUUUUCGUUCCGGGAUGAGGCGGCUGCAUCACGGCAGUGUGGACAAGUGGAGAAAGAGGAAUAUCGAGCUAAGCGUGCAAGACUACUGGCGGUGCCUCACUUCCACGCGACAUGGGUCCACAUCUACGGCUCACCGUCUCCACUCUCGACCGUCAUCUGCCUUGAUGCAGUGCUUAUCGUCUUUAGUGUCGUCCGUUCAUCAGUUCGGAAUGGCCUACCGUCCCGAAUCAAUGCGAGGGCAGGCAGAUGAGACACUUCGGUCUUUUAUGACUAGCAUAUUGACCAGUGCCGAGAGCGAAAUUUCCAAGUUCGAUUCGGGAGAAGCGCUUGGAGAUCUGGUGUUCCUGCAAAAACUCGUAGAACUCCGAGGAGAUGACUGGCUUGAUACCUCGAACUCCAUUACGUCCACCAUUGCGAUGUUACGACGGAAGGUUAGUCUGAUACUAGCGACUUCGUCUCGUCUUCUGACGCAUAGUCACUUCCAUACUCCGAAGUUUCCGGAGUCAUCUCCCCCGGUCUCGUUGGAAGACUCUUCCCUUGAUUACUUACGACGAACGCAACUUCUGCUUGACCCAUUGCUACCUCCAAUCACACAAGAGGGCAACGAGAAACAGACGAGUCUUCUUCGUUUCGGGCUUCCUUCAGCGGAAUCCAAUGCGUAUCCUGUCAUAGACCUUGUGAAGCCGUCUGCACGAUUUGGCCUGCUCUUGAUCGAGAAUAGCACAUUGCGAUAG